AUGUGCACAAUCAAUCAAAAUUUAGAAAAGGAAACUUAUGAAUUGUUGAAUGAUAACACAAUUUAUUAAAAUUAAUGGUGUGGAGCUAUUGCAAUCGAUGAAAACUAUAAUCUUCUUUUUGUAGGUCAUAAAUUUGCUAUCAAGGUUUUCGAAUUAAAAAAUGGAGCCCUCAAAUAGUUAAAUCUACUCUUAAAUCAUUCAGAUUAUGUUACAUCUUUGAAUUUAUUGUAAAAGAAAUCAUAUAUCUUAUCUGGUUCUCAUGAUAAAUAGAUUGCUGUCAUGUGUACUUAAUUGAUGUCAAAUCCUAAAUACAUUAAAAAACUAAAAGGACAUAUGGAUACAAUUAAUUGUAUAAUCCCACAUCCAAUUAAUGAAGAAAUGUUUAUAUCUAGUAGUAAAGACUGUAAAAUCAAAUUUUGGACAUUCUCAUCAAAACAUUCUAGGAAACAUUGUUAUCAGACAAUAACCGAACACAAGAAAUCUGUUAUGAAAUUAUCCAUAAAUCAAUAAGGAAAUACAUUAAUCUCUCUUGGAAUGGAUAAAUUAAUAUUAGUUCUAACAUAAUUAGAAUUGUUCUGGGUUGUGAAAUAGAAAAUUUAUUUAAAUAAAUUAGGUCCUAAUAUUUGUUUUAUAACUAAUGAAAUGUUCAUAUUUUAACCUAAUUAGUUAUUUUCAGCCAAACAUAGAUCUGAAAAUAUUUGGAUUUAUGCCUAAGACAAAAAGAAUUAAAAGUAUUACUCUUUCUAAAAGGAUAUAUAAAUAAGUGACAAUACUUAAAAUUGUAUAGGAUCAUUUCCAUUUUUUUAUAAUCAUCAAAAAAGACUUCUUAUAUUUUAGAAUGGUAAUUCUCUUAAAAUAAUAAAAUUUUAAAAUCUUGAGUAAGGAGUAUUCAACAUAGAGUAAAUUAUCAUAUUUAGUAAUUAAAUACAAAAUAAUCCUUUGAGUUUUAUUUGUGGGGCAAUAAGCAAUGAUUGGAAAUAUUUAGUAACUUGGGAUAAAACUUCUUUUCUUCUUCAAGUAAGGAAAUAUGUUGGAAUUGAAUGA